AUGAUUAACACCUAUUUUUUUUUCUUCUUCUUCUUCUUUCUUUUUCGUUGUAAAAUAGCUUCUCAUGCUGAGUUUUGUUCAAUCAUAACAGCAAAUGAUACAGCAGCUAACCAUAAAAAAAAGAAUGAAGAUCUUAUAGUCCAAUCACAAGCUUAUCAUGAUCGAUCAGCACUCUAUAAUGAUCAAACGAUUAUUAAACAACGACAGGAUCGACCUCGACUUAAAUUGACAGAUUUUAAUGUCUUGCGUACGUUAGGUACAGGCUCCUUUGGUCGUGUUCAUCUUGUUCAAUCUCGUGUGAAUCGUCGAUAUUAUGCUAUUAAAGUACUUAAAAAAUCGGAAGUGGUUCGUAUGAAGCAAGUCGAACAUACGAAUAAUGAAAAGCAUAUUUUGGAAUCAGUUGCACAUCCUUUCUUGGUUAAUAUGUGGGGAACAUUUCAAGAUACAAUUCAUCUCUAUAUGGUCAUGGAUUAUGUACCUGGUGGUGAAUUAUUCUCUAUCUUACGACGAUCAAAGCGUUUCCCUGAUCAUGUUGCAAAAUUUUAUGCUGCAGAAGUUAUAUUGGCUGUUGAAUAUUUACAUUCAAAAAAUGUAAUUUAUAGAGAUUUAAAACCAGAAAAUUUGUUACUAGACAGUCAGGGACAUAUUAAGAUUACUGAUUUUGGAUUUGCCAAACAUGUUCCUGAUAUUACUUGGACUUUAUGUGGGACACCCGACUAUUUAGCACCAGAAAUUAUUCAAUCAAAAGGUUAUGGAAGAGCUGUAGACUGGUGGAGUUUAGGUGUUUUAGUCUUUGAAAUGUUGGCAGGAUAUCCACCAUUUUAUGAUGAUGAUCAUCUUAAAUUAUACGAAAAAAUUCUUGCUGGCCGUGUGAAAUUUCCUCAGUAUUUUAUACCCAAUUCAAGGGACUUGUUAAAACGUCUCUUGACAGCUGAUUUAACAAAAAGAUAUGGUAACUUGAAAGAUGGGAGUGAAGAUAUUAAACGUCAUGCUUGGUUUCAAGGUGUAGACUUUAAUAGAGUCUUGGCUCGUCAAAUUCGACCUCCUUAUGUACCCGAUAUACGUGGUGAUGGUGACGCUAGUCAUUUCGAUAAAUAUCCAGAAACAGAUGAAGAAUAUGGUAAUCAUUAUUCACCUGAUCCUUUUAGACAUCUUUUCCUUGAUUUUUAA